GGACCUUUAUCCUGGGUUUCCAUGAAGAUCCGCUUUCGCAACAGAAGUGACCGGGCCACCGGCGAGUCCCCGGCCCGGCGUCUGUCACAUGGCUAAAUAUGGGUGUAGAAAGGGGGUCAGUUUGCCGGGCAAAUUCGUGACACCGAGGCACAAGUUUAAGGCAGAAUGUUGGCUUAAACUAAAAAGAGGAACACAAAUCCCGGGACAAAGGUUAACGUUAUCUGAUACCGUGUGACUGGCGCCCGCAGGGAACUUUCGCUUCUCCGUAAAGUUUUCUCGGGUGUCUGUUCCUUAAAACGCCGCUUGUUUACGCGACUCUUGUUGUCGAAAGGAAGCGGGUAUGUUUUAAGUUUGCAUUUGGUACAGCUCAAGUAUCAGUCGCUUCAUGACUGCGGACAACUGCGCAACAAGUUUGUCCGGCCUGAACAGCUGACUCACGGACUGAAGGCCGGGCGGCACCGGGACGUUGCGAUGUUUGGUCAGUAGAUCAGAGCGCCUGGGUGGACGCUGAUAAACCUCCAUGGGUUGAACCCUCACAGUCUGAAGAUGAUCGGGUCACCGGACCUGCUGGCCUUCACCGGCACUGAGGGGUUUGGGGAAGGAGAAGAUGACAAGGAGGCCCAGGGUCUACCUGAGGAGUUUUCUGUACCCCUUUCAUCUGCGUCCCACCCUUGGACCAACUCCGCUAAGUUUCACAGAGACUUCAUAUUGGUGGCUGAAUUCUCAGAGCAGGUGGGACCCAAGCCUGUGCUGACGAUACCCGACGACCCCAGAGUCAUCGGAUCAUUUGACCUCAACCACUUCUCUGUUCGCCUCAUGUCUGUGGACUACCAGGCGUCCGGCCCCGGCCACGCCCCUCCUGCAUCCCCCGGCCCCCACCUCAACUUCAGCGAGGACUCCAAAGUGGUCCUGGGAGAUUCAGCAGAGGACGCGUUUGCAUACGUUCACCACAUGACCCUUUAUGACCUGGAGGCUCGGGGUAUGGUGCGUCCUUUCUGCAUGGCGUACGUGUGUUCAGACCAGGCGAAGCUGAUGGAGAACUUCUCUGAGCUGUCGAAGAGCUUUUCUCAGGCCUCUGACAGCCUCAAGACGGGAAACAGACAAGCAUUUUCAAUGGAGCUGCAGAGAAAAUUACAAGAGCUUGAGUACACACGGUUGACUCUACGACAGGAGACUGAACUUCUGAGGACGGCAAAUGGGUUCACAGCAGUGGGAGAAAAAGCAGAUGAGCUUGAAGCUGUUGAGCGCUCAAUCUUAAAUCAUAGAGACCUUCUCCGGCAGGUCACUUCCUACCCAAACAGGAAGCUGAAACAGCCUGAUUUCCUGCCCUACGAUCCAGCUGACUCCCUCACUGAUCCGACUGUUUUACUCACUCCUGAGCCAUGUCCCCCCACCUUCAGCUCCACCUCUACUUCCUGCAGGUCUGAGCGCUGUCUGAAGCCUCUGCAGGAGCUUUGCAACGCCUACUUCCUGUCACUGAUGAAGGAGCAGCUCGCUGACACAGAGCGCCGCCUACGUGGCGACAGGAGUGUCCUGCAAACUGCUCGUGUCACACAUUCAUUGUCCAGGAGGCUCACGCUCAUCAACUUCCUGUUUGAGCUGUGGAGCCCAGAGGACGGAGAUGAGGAGGAUAGAGAGCGCACUGAGGCCGAGCUACAGAGGCAGACAGGGAGUAAGAGCAAUCUCGAGGUGUUUCAAUCACAACCAAUGAGCCGGGAGUCGUUCUUCUCCUGUGUGGAGGAGAUCCCAAUAAAACUGGAGGCAAAAGAUGGCAGGGCAUUGACCCCUGACUCCAUUGUUGCCAAGGAGAUGACAGGGAGCGUGAGCAGCGGCGACAGCAUUGAAGUGCUCGGGACUGAGAAGUCUUAUCGGACUCAGCAUGUCGUGGUUGGAUCUGACAGAAGAGAAACACCAGCUGGGAUGACGGACACCUCUUACAGACGACCUACAGUCGAAACAGGUGUCAAGUAUGCGCGAGCGUACGCCAGACGAGCCAACAGUGAGGACAGCAUCGAGGUACUGAGUACCACUGAGUCCAUCUUUCCCGACGACCUCACCGCCAUCACAGAGGAAGAAGCAGAGCACCAACCUCUGAGUAACGGCUUUAAGAAUGUGCAAGACACGCUGACAGAGUGCAACUCUGAUGAUGUCCUCAGAGAGGUGAAGGCGCUGAAUGCAAAUGUAAAUGAGCAUGAAAAUGAAGGGCCUGUUCAGGAAGAUGAGGGUGGCGUUGACAGAGAGAAGUCCUUAAAGCACACAGGUGCUAGUGGUGGGGUUGUAAUCCCAGCGGAGCAGGUCACUGAGUGUGUGAAGAGCAAUCAAGUCCAUGAAGACCGCAGUCCUGAGAAGACAUCCAAACUACUGCAAGUUGAAGAAGCAUUGGAGUCGAAGCCUCAAUGGUCUGCAGUCCAUCAGAAGGUGCAGUCGGUGCCUGACCUUCAUGUGAACUUCGCCCUCCAUGUUGCCCUGGCGGAGGUUGACCGCUGGUCUCCUCCAUGCGCUUCUCUCAGGCUGCUCAGCAUCGACGAGGCGUCUGACUGCACCAGCAUCACCGGCUCCUCAGACCUGCCUUCCCCCCCUCAAAAUAUCUACAGCACCACCCGCUCAGACAAGAAGAGGAGACGGAAGGCUGGACUCAGGGCCCUCAGGUUCCUCAAGCAGAACUCGUUCGCCCAGCAUGCCGUGUUUUGCCUCCUGAGCGGCCGGCCGCUGGUUGUCAUCGGAGGAGACGAGAGUUUGGUCAGAAAACUGGUGGACGCUUUGAGUCUCUUCUUGCCUGCUCCUGGUCCUGAUGGAAAUGCUGUGAUGCCGUGUUUGACUACGCCGCUUCAACUGACCGACCUGCUCACCUGGAGACUGAUCGGAAUCCACAGAUCACCCUCCAGCUCUUCAUCCGGCAUUCUUCACUCUCUGACGCGCUACAGUCGUUACUUGGCCCUGUUGGACAUGGACCAGAGGACGCUGCACUGCCCGUCGUACUCCGGCUCUCUCAUCGGCAGACUGGCCGACCCUCACACUGGCAUCUGCCGGGGUAUCACCUAUCUGCUGCACCUGGAUAGCUGCCUGACUGCACUUGCCAACAAGGCUCUGCUGUACACAUUUAAUCCUUCUUUACAGCGUCCAAACACUGCUGGAGGGAGCAGUGGUAACGAAGACGGGGACUUCCUGUUCAGGAGAGGAUUCUGCAGCAGUGAGGAUGAUUUGAGAGUGAUGCAUUUCCUGUCUGACCUCAUCAAACAGCGCCACGCAGGACGUGGACCACCAGUUUUAAGAUUCACCUACUGCUCAUUGCACCAGCACAGAAAUACAUAUGCAACAGAAAAACACCAGAUGAACAAAAUCUAAAAAAUCUGGUCAUGAAGAUGGUCUUUUCUAAUACUUACAACAAAAUAAAUUUCAUUUCAUUUUGACUGAUACAAGGAAGUGGGUAAACUGCAACUGUGGACAUAUUAAGACCCAUUAAUCAUGCUUAAAUAUUUUUAUCUGCAGUGUAAUAUGUUAGUGUGUAUGCAUGAUUUUUACUCCACGAACUGUACCUUAGGAUUGCUGGAUACAAUGCACUAGUGCCUCACUGGCACCAAAGACUUUCACCUGAUGGCAGCCGCUACAGCUCAAUUACAAGACUUUUUGAAAUAUUUAAAAUGAAGGCUUAUUACUGAAUCACAUGUGAAUUCUUUGCCAUUUAUGCUAGAGCCACGUAUGAAAACCGAUCUGUGAUUAUCCAUCUGCCAGCGUGGUAUUAUUGUUUGUUGUUCAGGGGUUUUCAAAGUAUGAGGCGGGCCUCCUUAGGGGGGCUCCAAACAGUUUCAGGGGAGACUCAGUGAAUGGAAGUGAAACAAUAUAACAUUACUUAUUGAAUUAGUAAUCAAAUGAAGAUCACAGAAUAGCCAACACGUGAGAUUUCAGGGAUACCGCAGUUUCUGGGAACUGUUUUCCUCCCAUCAGACUCAGAAACGUAUAAAUGCCUUAGGACAGAACUAUUUGGUGUUGUCGGAAGUUAUGUCAAACAGCAAUAUUAGGCUAUUUUGGCUCAAAUGUUGAGUUUCUAUGGGAUCAAAUAAUAUAAUCAUGAUCCCAUAGGCAUCCCGGAAUUGAGCGAAACUUACCAUGUAAGUGCCCAAGUUUUGUCUGCAGUCUCAGACUUUGAAAACCUCCUGUUGUGGUUUGUUGAUCCCGGUGGUUAACUAAACCCUUGACUGUAACUAGUCUGUCAGGUCUGACGCGCUCGCGCCGUUUAGCUUUUAACCAGUUUAGCUGCAGUUUCAGUGGGUUCAGACUGGUUCUCUCAGGAUUUACACCAGCUGUAAACCAGGUUUAACAUGAUCGCUCUGUUAAAACAAGCACAGGUUCAGCUGAAUUGCCAAUUCCACUGUACGCCAGAUCUACUUCCAAUAUCUCAGUGUUAGUCUACAUUAAACUGUACUAGGACUUAAUCUGACAAGUUGAUUGACUGAGUGCUUUAGUUUAACCUCACCUGCCUACUUUACUAACAAACUGCAGGCCGUCAGCCAAGAGGCUACUGUUAACUGGAAAAGUGGGACAUUUUUGGAAAAUAUGCUUAUUCACUGUCUUGCUGAGAGUAAGGGACUCUCGCCAAAUACUUUUUUAAGCACUGGAGAAGAAAUUGUUUUUUAUUUUGGUAAUAGUUGUCUUUUGUAUUCGUUUUAUGUAGCCUGUUUAUUUUAUUUUCAAAAUUCUAAAUUUAUCUCCCACAUAUAUCUCAACCUCAUUAUAUGCAGAUACAUUAUCUGGAUAUUAAAUGAUCUGAUCUUGCCUUUGUGUUGUUGCCCGACUCCCUUUACAAAAAAAUCUUAGUUUUGUGAGUUGUUAAUUUAGGGGAAACUUUAUAAACUUUGUGAAAUGCUGUCUACAACAAAUUCUUAAUUCUGUCCCCUCUUGUAAAUUCAGCAAAUGUAAGAGCUUAAAUGAAGUUAUUCCUUUCUUUCUCCCGAUGUAUGUACUCUGUGACUGGAUGCAUUAAUAUUACAGUUAUUUCUAACUGUACAUCAUUCAUUUCCCACCUUUAAUUUUUCACACAGCUCUGUUGAAUAACACGUCUUUUGGGCUGUCAUGCCAGAGUAGACAUAUAAUCAGUGAUCAGUCUUUUUCAGCCUUCUUGCUUGCUAUAUUUUAUGUGAGAUUUGUUGUUGGUGGAGAAUCCAGGACGUAACUGCUUCUUGUUGAUGAGAAAGCAAAUAAGCACAUUUCCUAAAAUGUCUAACUUUCUGUAGAAAUUUGUCUGGAAAAAAGUAUCCUGAAUCUAGACUUUAGAUGAACUACACAUCACAUUAUGCUCAGUUUGUCUUGCAUUCAUGACACCUUACAUGGUGGCAGAUAUAAUUUUUAUCCUGGAUAGUCACUUGAGAUGCCAGUUAAACCAUGUGUAGACUGCAACUGCUGAACCUCAGUUCAUACAGGUAAACAACUUAUUGCACCAAGUGAUUUUUUCCAGUUUAAAAACUUUGCUUCAACUCUAAACUGCAGCUGAGAUAAUAAGCGCAUCAGCCUCCUGAUUUUUUAUAGUCCUUGGUUUUACACUGUAUCUUUGUUUAUGCAAAUAUGAGCCGAGUGUAUAUUUACUCUGAAAAUAAAGUCAUAUAUUUUA